UGGCACGCUAAUGAUAGGUUUGAGAGAGUGUCGACUGGUUGAAAGCGACUUGUGCCGCUCCAGCACCGCCAUUUUCCAAGUUGACUCGGAACACACACUCGACACUCGAGUUUACCCAGCGAGCACUUUCUUACCAGAAGACUUAGCCCCACAACUAUGCAGGUUCUCCGUCUAACUAUCGCCUGUGCUCUGGCCAUCAGUGCCACCUACGCGCAGAGUUCAAUGUCCACAAGCGCAUCCGCGUCCACGAGCGCCGUGAGCUCAAGCUCGGGCUCAAACGUGAAUGACAACUUUGACAACACGGACAUCCUUCUAACCAGCAACGCCGCGAGUGCUGCCUCCACAGGCGACACCCUGUUCGACAGCAGCACGGCCAGUACAGUCGACGCCGGCAGCGCGUCCAGCGAUAUUGGAAUUGCCAGCUCGUACCCCGGCAGUGCCGAUGACGAUGCCACCGUUGGCUCGGUGGACUCGGCCAAUACUACGACGGUCGGUAGCUCUAGUGCCGACACCGAGGUGACUAUUACCAGCAGUUCGGCUUCUACUGGUAGCGUCACCCAGUCGUCGACCACGUCCACGAGCUCCAGCUCGGACAGUGACACGAAGGCGUCGUCAUCGGCCUCGGCCUCUUCAUCGGCGGCGUCCUCCUCUUCAGGUUCCAGCAGUGCUUCAUCGGUUGCUGCCUCGUUCGGCGCUGCUGUGGCCAGCGUCGUUGUGGCUGGCACUUACUUGAUGUAAACAACUCGAUUGGAAGAGUUUAAGCGGAGAUGGUAAUAAACUUGUGUUUCACGCUUGCAUUCCACCCGAUCUGCUUACGGGGUGGUUCUCCCGACACAGGCAAGAGAUCGUCACUACUUUAAGCAAAUCUCGACAAUA